AUUCUCUAACAUUUUGUGCGCGUGCGUCUUGUUUUCAUCGUGGAAGCGGGAGACAACGUUGCUAGCUAGCCAGAAAUUCGGAGUUGUUCAUUAUUUCGUUGAUUUUAAUUUGUAAACUAUUUCAAAUGGAUAUAGAGGGUGGUACAUAUGAACCCGGAUUCGUUGGGAUUCGAUUUUGUCAAGAAUGCAACAACAUGUUGUAUCCCAAAGAAGACAAGGAGAAUCGAAUCCUGCUCUAUGCAUGCAGGAACUGUGACUAUCAACAAGAAGCAGACAACAGCUGCAUCUAUGUCAACAAGAUCACCCAUGAAGUUGAUGAGCUGACGCAGAUAAUUGCAGAUGUGUCUCAGGAUCCAACGCUACCCCGGACAGAGGAUCACCCCUGCCCAAAGUGCGGUCACAAGGAGGCAGUGUUUUUCCAGUCCCACAGUAUGAAGGCUGAGGAUGCCAUGAGGCUGUACUAUGUCUGCACGGCCCCUCACUGUGGACACCGCUGGACGGAGUGAAGAAGAGGUCAGAUGUAUGCAUCCACAGCGUCUGCUGUCACCCAACAGGCUACUGCGUCUCACUGGUUCACUGUGGCUUAAAUCAGAAUGACUGAUUGUUAUGUGGGUCUAAAAUACUCAGCCAAAUCAGAAACUUUAUUUACAGGAAUACUAACUUUUUGUGUUAGUUCUUCAUCAUCUUGUUGGCGUGUAUGUCGUGGUACUGCUAAGAUUUGUAUGGACCACUUAAAUCCCAUGUAUUACCUUGUUGUGGAGGAACACCUAACUGUUGGGACAUUGUGUUAAUAAUGUAUUAGCUCUAGUACUUUUUUCAGAUAUUUGUCUUAUUAUAGUUUUUUUUAACUGGGAGAAAUAAAAUACAAAAUAAAACUUUU